AUGAUGGCUAGAGAUCAGAUCAAUGUCGAGAUUGUUACGAGAGAAGCCAUAAAACCAUCCUCUACAACCCCAAAUCACCUACGAAAUUUUAACCUUUGCCUUCUGGAUCAGCUUGCUCCUGUGGCUUAUGAACCUCUGGUUCUCUUCUACCCCAACUCCCAACGUCAACUUACCGUUGCUCACAAAUCCCAGCGGCUAAAGAGAUCACUGUCUGCAACCUUAACCCGAUUCUACCCACUUGCCGGCAAGAUCAAAGAUGAUGUCUCCAUCGAAUGCAACGAUUAUGGAGCUGUUUUUGUUGAAGCACUAGUCAGCUGUCUUCUCUCCAAGUUUCUUGAAAAGCCUGAUGCUGAGAUGAUAAGAAAAUUUAUUCCUUCUGAGAUUGAAUCAACAGAAGCGCUCACGGGUAGUCUAGUGCUUGUUCAAGCAAACUUCUUUGCCUGCGGUGGGCUGGCAAUUGGAGUUUGCAUUUCUCACAAGGUAGCUGAUCCGGUUACCUUUAGCACAUUCAUCAAGGCUUGGGCAGCUGCGGCUUUUCGGUCUGGCGGCGACACCGUGCUUCCAUUCUUCAACGCAUCAUCUGUAUUCCCACCGCAAAAUCUUUCGCUUACAAAGCCUGCAGCUGUCGAACUGAUGCACGAUAAAUGCGUUACAAAGAGACUUGUCUUUGAUGCCUCUAAGAUUGCUGCUCUUCAGGCUAAAGCUGUGAGUGAAAGCGUGACAUGUCCGACAAGAGUUGAAGCUGUGACAGCCCUGAUUUGGAAGUGCGCAAUGAACGCAUCAAGAUCGAAUUCAGAGCAUUUAAGAUUCUCUAUUCUCUCACAAUCUGUGAAUUUACGGCAGAGAAUGGUCCCUCCCUUGCCUGAACACACUGUAGGAAACCUCGUGGGUUACUUUGCUUCAUGCGCUACAGAGUGUGAGAUAGAAUUGCAAAGCUUGGUUGGUCAGCUAAGGAAAGGGUUGCAAGAUUUUGGUGAGAACUACGUUAAGAAACUUCAAGGAGAUGAGGCUUGCAUGGCUAUCUAUGAAUCUUUGCAAGUGGCAGGAAGCAUGCUUCAAGAAAGUAAUGUAGACUUUUAUGUGAGCACCAGUUUCUGCAGGUUUCCGUUUUAUGGUAUUGAUUUUGGGUGGGGAAAACCCACCUGGGUGACCAUUCCUACUGGGGCGUACAAGAAUGUGACUGCAAUUAUGGACACCAGAGAUGGCAAGGGAAUUGAGGCUUGGGUGACUUUAACCGAAGACGACAUGGCCUUUUUUGAACGUGAUCGAGAACUUCUUGCAGCUGCUUCUUUAGAUCCAAGUGCCUUACACCUCAUCACGCCCGUGUCUUCUCUUUAA